AUGAAGGUUGGUGAAGAACUUUCAGAGAUACCGUCUGAUGAGAGGGGGAAUGCUGUGAGGCCCUCAGAUCUGAAGGUGGUCGCCGAGAGGACGACGGCAGCAGAGGCGCAAAGACCCACAUGGAGUGGGCGGCUGGACUUCGUCCUGGCCUCGGUGGGGUACGCGGUGGGGCCGAGCAAUGUGUGGAGGUUCCCCUACCUGUGCUACAGCAGCGGUGGAGGUGCCUUCAUGAUCCCGUAUCUCGUCAUGCUGGUCCUGUGUGGCUUCCCUCUGCUCUUCAUGGAGUACACUAUUGGGCAGUACACUCGUUUAGGUCCCGUGCAUGCUUUCGCCAAAAUGUGUCCCUUGUUCAAAGGUGUUGGUCUGGCCACAGUUGUUUUCGCCUUCGUGUUUUCCACGUACUACAGUGUGCUCAUGGCUUGGGCACUUUACUAUUUGUUCAACUCGUUCGGAGCGACCCUCCCCUGGAUGUCCUGCAACAACACCUGGAACGAUGUCGGAAACUGUUCCAGCGGUUUUCAGGGCAACAACACCCACGUGCAGUCUGCCAGCCAGCAGUUCUUUGAUCACAGGCUUCUGGAGAAAACGAACGGCAUUAGUGAAGCUGGUGGGAUUCGCUGGGAACUCUUCGGCCUUCUCAUGGUUACCUGGGUCAUCGUGUAUUUUUGCAUAUUUAAAGGAGUCCAAUCCACCGGCAAGGUUGUGUAUUUCACCGCUACAUUUCCGUACUUCAUCCUGUUCGCCCUGCUCAUCAACAAUGUGCAACUCCCUGGAGCUAAGAACGGCAUCCUCUACUUUGUGACGCCCGUCUGGAGCAAACUGUUCGAAGUGAAGGUUUGGGUGAAUGCAGCUGCUCAGGUGUUUAACUCCAUUGGAAUAGGAUUUGGCUCCAUGGUGACGAUGGCGAGUUACAACAAGUUCAACAACAACAUCGUCAGGGAUGCUUUGAUUGUAACAGUCACCAACUCAUUCACGAGCAUCCUGGCUGGCUUUGUGAUCUUCUCAGCUAUCGGCUACAUGUCUCAUAUUCACAACCUCCCAGUGGACAACAUAGCUACAGAUGGUCCCGGGUUGGUGUUCGUCGUGUACCCGGAGGUCCUCUCCACCAUGCCCGCCUUUCAGCUGUGGGCCGUUCUGUUCUUCUUCGUGCUGCUGUUACUGGGUUUGGACAGCCAGUUUGCCACAGCUGAGGUCGCCGUUACGUUCAUAAAAGACGAGUUUGGCCCUCAAGUUAUGCGCCUCAUGAAGAGAGAAGAGCUGCUGACCCUCGUUGUCUGCAUCGUUUACUUCCUUCUGGGGAUCCCUCACAUUACCCAGGGAGGUAUUUACGUGUUUCAGCUGAUGGACCAGUACGCCGCCGUGGUUUCCCUCAUGUUCCUGGCUUUCUUUGAAGUUGCAGCUGUCUGCUGGGUCUUUGGUGUCUCCAGGAUCUCCUUAAUGAUUGAGAGGAUGCUCGGAAAAGCUCCAAACAUCUACUUUCGUCUCUGUUGGAGGUUUUUCUCUCCUGUGUUGGUGCUGUGUAUCCUGAUCUCCAGCAUUGCCCAGCACUCUUCAACCAAAUAUGAAAACUUCACGUACCCACUGUGGGCUGAAUUGGUGGGCGUGGGCAUCGCACUGGUGUCCAUAGUGUGGAUCCCACUUGGAGCCAUUCAAGAGAUCUACAACAACAAAGGUUCACUUCUCCAGAGAUUGAAAACAGCCUCGACCCCCACAAUAGACCUGGAUGCUGAAGACUGGCUGCCGGAAAAACAAAACCUGGACAACCCCGCGUCUGAAACCUUGUUGACUUCAGUGGCGUGAGCAGGAACGCAGCACAAAGCCACGUCGGUGCGCCUGUACACGCCGUGUUUAGUCAUGAUUUUGGCUUGAAUUUAAAACAAAGUCUUUCUACCUCAGUUGUUUAGGAGAUCGCUGCAGCGCUGUUUUGCUGUGAAGCUCCAGAAAUGUCUGUGGACUACGAAACUUCCCUUAAACUUCCCAUCAGCAUGAGGAUGAGUAGAACGUGACUGUGUUUUAAGUUUUGGGUGAUAUUUUCCUUUAGGCGUAUCGUACAUUUAUGGUGCUUUCACCCAUUUACUCUUCACAGUUGACUUCCACAGAAUGAAAACACCACUUUGUGCAAACUGUGCAAAGAAAAUCUGAGAUUUUGUCCACCGACUACAGGUUAGAUUCAUUUAAUCUGAUCAGGUUUGAGUGAUCAUGUGUCCUGUCAAAUUUUAAUCCCAAAUGUAUGCAGAUUAUUCCAGGAGGAAAGGGAUUUCUUUUAUUUCAUUUGUUUGUGGCACCAGAGGACAGAAGAUGAGACAGUUCUGGUUUCCUCCAUGUCGUCCCUGCUGCUCUGCUGCCACCCAGUGAGUCUCUGAGGUAUUGAUCCAGACGACACACAUUCGCUUUACAGAUUUUAACAGCUCAGUCUCUUAAAACUCUGCAGACAAAACUGAAAAAAGGAAACUAUUUUGAAAACAACAGGACAGAUACGUCACUCAAAACCAUGUUCUCUCAUCAAAAACUGAUUUACCCUCCCUCUAAAUGAUGUACACAGCUGUAGUGAAGUUAAACACGGGUGUAAUAGAUUUAAAACACAACCAUCAAACUACAAUUACAAUGUAUGCAAUUGUAUAGAUAUCACAGUUUCUAUAAGAAAUAAAAAUGAUAAGACAAAUGACAGAGUCUGUUGACAUUUUUUUAAAAGCAUUUUCAAUCUUUUUAUUUUAAUUGAAGACACAUUCUCUGCUGUCGUUUCACUCCAUAUCCUCCCUAUCAUGCACCUUUUUUUCUGUCUAUUUCAGUUUCCCCUGUGUUUUGUUGUGUUAGUAGUUCUGACACACGCACCUACAGAGAAAAGAGUGUUGUACUUCCAGUGUUGAUGCUCAGUAAAAACAUAUUCAUGGUUUACAGUAUAAAGACUGUUACCAUGUUGAAUAUAAUUCUGUGAGUACAUGAAUCGACACUAUAUCGUUGGAUCAGAAUAGGAUACAUCGCACAUUUGUCCGUCCUGUCAGCUCAAAUUGUGCUAAACUCACAGCCCAGCUUCCCACAGUCAGACUGGGAGCUUAUAGUUGACACUGCAGUGUUGUUAGUUCAAACCAAAGUUCAAGCUGAGAGGAUUUCAUUAGAGUUUGUGGCUGGCAUUCCUCCUCGUCCUCCUCGUCCUCCCUGUUCUCCCUUCAGCACAGGUGAGGUCACCUGAGGCCUCUUCUUUUGCUGCUGUAAAUGAAGUGAUAUGUGCUGGGAACUUCCACAAAAACUUUGAAUUUCAAUUUGAGUGAAAACUAAAAACAUCAUACGACAUCAUCCAACAAGUUUUAUCCAAUAUCAGAUAAUACAUGUUUUAACUUUGGAUUUGGUUGUUUGGAUCUUUUGUACCCACUCAUAGAUACCAGCCCCCUAAAAUACACCAGAUCCAUGCAACUUUAAAGAAAGUGAGAAAAUGUUUUGGAUCCGUCCCUAAAUCCAGGCCUGUUCUGAGUCACAACCUAUCCUCCAUCCAAGUUUUGUGGGAAUCCACUCAGUUGUUUUUGUGGAAUCGUGCUGACAAACCAAUUAAGAGACGGAACCUGAUAACUCCGCUCG